CGAAAAUUCAUAAUCCUGGUCCAAUCGCUAAAAAAUUAAGUGAUGCUGUACAGCAACUUUUGAUUUCAAACGGAGUAAAUCCCAAAAUUUACUCACAAAUCCCAAAAAUUAUGGCCGACACAAAUGAAUUCGGAUCUAUAAAAAGUCGUGAAACGAUAACUCCACUUGGAAACUGGCAGAAAACAUCACAGGGAAUAAAGGCACUUGAAGAUAUCGCAGCAGGAUUAAAAUCUUUACAGGCCGCAUUGAAAGUGGUGCUGGGUGUUGACAAUCACGAAUAUGAAGAAAUGUUGAAGCAAUUUAUUAUAGAGGGAUCAAACUAUAAAAU